AUGUCAGAAGUAUUAAAUGUGGGAAUAGUGGGAACUGGUAUUUUUGCGAAGGAAAGACACUUACCUUCUUACCAAGAACUUUCAGAAAAAUUCAAAGUCGUUGCAGCUUUCAAUAGAACGAAAAGCAAAGCUGAGGAGUUCGCGAAGUUAGCAGGCAUCGCAAAUGAUAAAGUGUACGAUAAUUUGGACGAAAUACUGAAUGAUGAGUCGGUUUCUUAUAUAGAUGCGUUGCUUCCAGUGCAGUUCAAUGCAGAUAUUGUUCAAAAAUGCAUUGCAGCGGGAAAGCCUAUUAUUAUGGAAAAGCCUAUUGCAGCUACUAUGGAACAAGCCCGGCAAAUUGUUAAGCUCUCCGACUCUACAGAAUUGCCGGUAGGAGUUGCUGAAAACUGGUUAUAUUUGUCUUGUACUGAUGUCGUUAAAAGCCAUCUUACUGAAAUCGGUCCCAUUGAAGCCUUCACGUACAACUCAACUGGCCCUUUCGUGUUGCACAACAAAUAUCUAUCUACUACGUGGAGACAACAUCCUGAACACAUCGGAGGUUUUCUUUCUGAUGGUGGUGUUCAUCAGCUUGCUUUACUUACGGAUAUCCUGGGUGAAAUCGAGUCUGUUUCAGCAUUGACAAAACAAGUUCGCAAACAAUCAGGCACUGAUGACAUUGUUUUUUCGACUUUAAAGCUACGCGAUUCGAGCGUUAUUGGGACAUUUACAUAUGGAUCGGCUUUUGGUUCAUGUGAGAAGUCCGUGUUUUUGAAGAUCUACGGUUUGAACGGCUCAAUUUUGCUAAAUGUGUCCAAUAAGAAAAAUCCCUAUGUCGAAGUAAUAGUAGGUGGUUCAGCCGAGGCGGACGCUAAAACUAGUCGUUUUGAGAUUAGUCAAGAAGACUCUUUUGGAGUUAACAGCGAAUUUCUGAACUUUCGUGAAGCCGUUUUGAAUAAAGAAAAGCAUUUGCUGAAAAGUACUCCAAGAAAAGCUUUUCAUCAUUUAGCAUGUGUAGCCGCUUUUCUGAAGUCCUCUUCAGAAAAUGGCAAUAAUGUCCCGGUAGAGCAACCUUGA